AUGUUGUCCCCAAAACAGGCACGGUGGCAAGAAUUCUUGGGGGAGUUUGAUUUCGAUUGGGUCCAUCGGCCGGGGAAACAUAAUGAUGUUGCUGAUGCUCUAAGUCGAAAGGCUGUGGCGUCCUAUGUGUUGGCCUUGUAUGCUGUUGAGUCCGACUUUGUUGAAAAAGUUCGUGGUGAAUCCCUUAAAGAUCCUGUCUAUGUAAAACUUGCCGAGGAAGUGGCAGCCGGUGAAGUGCGCAAGUACUGGCUAGAGGACGGCUUACUCUAUGCCAAAGGUCAAAGGAUGUAUAUCCCAUCGGGAGGAAUGAGGCGCGAGCUGCUGAAAGAUUAUCACGAUUCUCAGUGGGCUGGCCAUCCCGGUGUUGAGCGUAUGUACGCUUUGAUGAUGCAAAAGUUUUAUUGGCCGAAAAUGCUUGAUGAUGUUGAGUCCUAUGUCCGGACGUGCCUUGUUUGCCAGCAAGACAAGACCGAAAAGAAGAAAGAGGCGGGCCUGUUGCAACCCUUGCCUAUUCCGGACAAGCCUUUUCAGUCACUAUCUUUGGAUUUCAUUGGCGGGUUUCCAAAGGUGAAAGGUAUGGCCUCAGUGUUGGUCAUUGUUGAUCGAUUUUCAAAGUAUAGGAUAUUUAUUGCUGCUCCAGGUGCAUGCUCGGCAGACCUUGCUGCUGAGUUAGUUUUCAAGCAUGUGGUGAAAUAUUUCGGUAUGCCCGAUGACAUAGUGAGUGAUCGUGACCCGUGCUUCACGGGACGAUUCUGGACGACCAUGUUCAAUUUGAUGGGGACCGAACUGAAGUUUUCCACGGCCUAUCAUCCUCAAACUGAUGGCCAAACUGAACGGAUGAAUCAGUUGCUUGAAGAAUAUCUAAGACACUAUGUGACCGCAAGCCAGGAUAAUUGGGUGGAAUUGUUGGAUAUGGCCCAGUUUUGUUAUAAUUUGCACAAGUCCUCGGCGACCGGUAUGAGUCCUUUUGAGCUGGUUUAUGGACAGAAACCUCAGCUACCACAUGAUGUAGCGGUACAGCGAACUGGUGGGAAAUGUCCCGCGGCAUAUCGAUAUGCCCGGGCGCAGCACGAACUCUUGGUAGAGGCCCGAGAUAGCCUUGCUAAGGCGCAGCGAAGAAUGAAGAAAUAUGCGGACCGCGGGCGACGGGACGUGCAAUUCGCUGUCGGGGAUCUAGUGUUGUUGAAAGUGAGCCCAAAGGUAUGGAAACAGAUUUCGGCAAAGGCAGUCCAUCGUGGACUGAUUUCAAAGUACGAGGGUCCCUUUGAAAUCGUGAGCAAAGUUGGGAAUGUGGCCUAUCGGCUUAAGCUGCCUGACCGGUUGAAGAGGUUGGGGAUGUCAACCGCAACUUGCCUGCGGGCCUAUAAAAAGGCCUUGAGCUGCACAGUCGCGCGUAAUGAGCGAUACCGCGAGUUUGUGUGCAUGCCUUGGCGAAUUUUCCAGCGAUAG